AUGGAUUCAAAAUCAGAACUUGUAGCCGGAGUUGAGGGUAGGAUGAGCCAAUUACCAGAUGAACUUAUUUGUCACAUACUUUCAUUCCUUCCAACAGUAGAAUCUGUGAAGACUAUCGUUUUGUCUAAAAGAUGGAACAAAUUAUGGAAUUCCGUGAACACGUUAGACAUCGACUACAUCAGAGAUUUUGGUGGAACACUCUAUGUUGAUUUUGUGAAAUUUGUUGAUGGUGCACUUUCAGUGCAUGAUUGGUCCAACAUCAAAAAAUUUCGUCUGUCUUGUCCCGGGGUCUUUUAUGGCGAUGACGAUUACGAUCGUAUUAUCUAUGUUCUUCCGACAUCAGGCUGUUUCUCAAGUCUCAAGUCCCUAAACCUUUUGCUACUUUAUCAAUAUUCUCCCAGCAUUGAAAAGCUUAUUACUAACUGCUGCCCUGUAGUUGAAGAUCUGGAAAUUCGUGGAGAUAUCAUGCUUCCACAUGAUAUAUCGAUAUUCAACAUCUCUGCACCUAACUUGAAGAAGUUAACUGUGGAUUUCGACCUAUCCAUUAAGGGUCGUUCCUCAAAUGUUCUAAUAAAAGCCCCAAAGCUUGAAAGCCUUUACUUCAAGAGGAAACACUUACCAUAUUCCGCUUAUACAUUGGAGAAUCCAGAAUCCCUAAACAGCGCAGUAAUUGACGUCUCUGAGUGUCUGUCUUGGCGUGCUAAUGGUGUUAUGACUGAGCUUCUGGCAGGACUUUCUGGUGUUAAAGAUUUGUGCAUUCGAGCUGCUUUUUUCGAGACUUGCAAUUUCCCUGCAGCUUUUAGUAUACUGAACAAGUUGGAGUUAAUCCUUUAUCAUAACUCCUAUAGGAAAUAUGUAACCAGGUUUCUCAAUAAGUCACCAAACCUAGAAUAUCUUGUCUUGGAGCUCGACAACAAAUAUCUACAAGAAGAGCAGUCUUUCACACCACCGGAGUUUGUGCCUGUUUGCUUGUCGUCGCACCUCAAGAAAAUCUACAUGAGGGGAUUCAGUGGGCGGUGGGGGGAGUUGGAAGUGUUAAAUUACUUGCUGCGGUACGGUGAAGUUUUGAAUGACUUGGCCAUCUCUAGUCAUCCAACACUUGGCCAUAGAAAAGAAGAAUCAUUGUACAAGGAAAUAUUACAAUUUCCCCGGGCUUCGAGGACUUGUGAAGUUAAAUUUUUGUCCAGCUUACUUUCUAGCUAG